AUGGAGCUUCCAAGUAUUGAACAAUUGAACCUGCAAGCUAGUCCGUCCGAGAUCGAUGAAUGGGUAGAGCGAUUCGAACUGUGGUGCAAUAUUCGAAAAUGUGUUUUGCAAAACCAAUCGGCUCUAUUUCUCACUGCUGGCGGCCGUGACUUGUAUUCGCUGCUGAAAAACCUGGCGUUUCCCGAGGCUCCCGUCAAACUACCAUACGAGUCCUUGAAAUCGCUCCUGCUCAACCACCUGCCACCUAUUGAAUUCCAAGCCCUCAAACGUGCUAAAUUCAAUUCCAUGAUCCGUGCUGACCACAUGUCUUGCCGUGAUUUCAUUCUGCAGCUAAACAGACAGGCAUCACACUGCAAUUACGGCGAUCGUUUGGAAGAACAGAUGUGUGACCGUUUGGUAGCGGGCAUCAACAAUCUCACUCUGAAACGCAAGUUACUGGAGAAGAAGGAUUUAAUUUUUGCCGAAGCUCGGAGAAUGUGUGAACAGCAUGAUGACUUGAUGAAGGCUACUUCCAGCGAAGCAGUCACAUUAUUCUAA